UCGAUAGCACCAUCGAUAGUUUUGCAGCUCUAAAAUAAACCAUCCUUAUUGAACACGGUUUAUUUAUUUUAAUAGUGUUAAAAUUAAAAAGGUGCAUAUAAUUUUAUUUGAUUGUAAUGAAUCCAGGAGAAACCGCUGAAUUUGUGAAUGGCUUCAACGUAGCACUUUCUGAGCCAUUUGAAGCAAUAAAGGAUGUUUCCGAUGCGCCAAACACGUUGAAUGGAAAGAUGAGCGAAGUAAACAAAAUGGAAAUAAGAAACGGUGCUACUUUAGAGAAUGACUACUUCUGCAGUAAGCUGGGAUUAUAUAGCCAAGACGAGACAUCCCUAAAGCGGAUUCUACGAGACAUUUAUCAGUUCGUGAAAGAAUCGUCGCUGAGCCAAGACCCAGGUGCACCAAUUCCACCUUCUAAAUGGGCGGAUUUAUUAGUUAACAUACUCUUUUCCAAGACAUGGCACAAAACAACAAUAUCCGAUGUACUACUAUGUUUAAAGUUAUAUUCAAGAACAUUUUUUGAUAGACGUAUUGUACAAAGCCUUUGGGACGCAUUUCUGACAGAUAAUGCGAAAAGCGAAGCAGUUACCAUAACUUCGGUAUAUGUUCUAAUUCAGUUUUUUGAUGAGUUUUCAAUAGUCAUAGACGGCUUCCAACGCAAACCCUAUGUCGAAAAAUUUGUUUAUAAACUAUUGUUAUCAGAAGGACGCGACGAACGCAAAGCAGCUGUAUUUCUUAUGAAAAAAAUGAAUUGCCAUCUUGAUAAAAACGUUAAAAACUUUUGGUUAUCGUACAUCACCGUGUUAGAAAACUUGGAAGAAAAUCAAUCACAUCUAAUAUUACCGUCUUUAGAAUGCCUCAAGCAAAACACCUUAACAACCGCUGAAAUACAACCAUGGCUUGAUAUUCUGUACAUUAAAAUUCUGGCGCACCGAAAUAUUCUCGUGCUCCGUUGGGCACUUGAGUACAUUCUCGAAACUUUUACCUGCGCAAAUAUAAACCCUGAUGUAUUACUGCAAUUUGUAAAGGCCAGCAAUCAUACAUGUUUAUUCAAUCACGAGAGCUAUUUUUUACCAACCGGAAAUAUGCAACAAUUUUUGAACGAAGGGCUUGACCGAUUUAUGGGAUGUAUGUCGGAGGUUAAUUUUAAGUGCGUCCCCUUGCACUUUUGGCUCUCCAAUAUUUUCAUGUGUAAAUCAACAUCAACGGUAUAUUCGCGCGAGUUGAUUUUAAAAAUCGCAGCCAGAAUUCGUGUACUUCAAAACCAACAUAUCCGAAUAAAAGCAAUUGAAUUGUUUGAACACAUAUUUCGCGAAGCCAUUUUUAGAAUGCCGUUGAAUGAAUAUGUCGUUUUAGUCGAAUCGUUAUAUAAUCUUACCGAACCUUUUAAUCACUUUGACACAUUUUAUCUCAAAAUUGAAGAUGGUGUCAAAAAUAUUGAUGGUGUUUUGUUUACUCAACGGUUUUAUGAGAUCGUUACAAAUAAUUUGUACGGCGAACUAACAUCCAAUCAUCCUAACUACAGACAAGCCACUGAUAAUGUGAAUGAAUUGGCCACCACGCAGUCAAAACUGUUAGAUAAAAUAGCAAACAGUUUAAAAAAUGUUAAAAACUCGGACAAAGGGAACCUUAUUUGGAUACUUCUGAUGCUAGUUUUCGAGUGUGAAAACAAGGAAGUUGUGCAGAACAUUUGUCGUCGGUUUUGGAAUAUAAAUUUGAAUAAACUAAUUCAUGUGCCUUUCGAAGAGCUGAAGCAUCAAAUAGUUUCAGAUAUGGUUAAGGAUGCAGAUACAGCCGAAUUUUUUCGCAAAAAGUUUAUUGACUUUUUUGUUAAAGAGUACAUAACAAAUUUUUCCGAUUUACAAAACUACAUAGUAAAAAUUGAAGAUAUUUUAACCACUGGAUCGCAUAAAACGCUUUUAAAACUCUCAAAAUUGUUACCAAACAACAAACUCGAUGUAAAUAUCAUCGACGCAUUUUUAAUAGCACUUAAAAAAUAUUCCCGGAUGCAAUCGCUUUGUUAUAUAGUAACGACGAAUUUAUUGAGGUAUUUAAAAAGUAUCUAUUCGCCAAAUCAGCUGGAAGACUAUUCGCACCAAAUUUUAGGUAUAGAUUUUGAAAACCUUGGUAUUUGUACAGCGGUUUUGAAUUCUGGUAUUAUUCUGACCGAAGAAACUUACAUCAAGGGUAUGACGCUCGGAGACGCAAACUUUGGGGAUGCGAGGACAGAGGAAUUGUAUUUAUUAAAAAUAGACAAAACGCAGUGUUCUCGCUUACAACGAAUACGUUUGCAAUACGUUUCAUUUGUCCCCGUUGAAUAUACCAACGCCAUAUUAAAUGAACUUCUUAGCAUGCAUAAAGCUUUGAGUAUUAAAAAACCAAGAUAUUUUGAAAAUUCCAUGGAGCAUAGAAUAAAGAUGAGAAUAGCAAAGGCCAUAUCAGCAAUCAUAAAUAAAUCACACAUACAUUUUUGGAACGAGGACUUAUUGAACCUGCCUCUGAAUUAUAACAAUCAAUUGAACAUCAAUUAUGUGUACGAACUACUUGUGGCGAAAUGUGCUCCCGACGGUGAUGUCAUCCUUAAUAAAUUGAUUAAAAUUACGUUCGAAAAGCAUUUAUGGAAAUAGGCACCUAUAAGGAGAAGCCCAUUGGUGUUGAUACGGACCUUAUGGAUUACUGGGAGAGUAAAAAAUGUAUGUAUCCCCGACUAAGAGAU